AUGAAAGCCAAAGCCUUUUAUAACUGUCACAGAAGAACAUUUCACUGUCAUUCGAUUGCCAAAAAAACAGCGCGCUGCCUAAACUGCCCGACCAAAGCGGCUUACUUUAGUAGGCAGUUCAAUAUAAGCAAUUUCACAGUUGUUAUUGGUACUUCCAAAUCUGCUUUAGAUAACGUACGCACUUAUUACUGGUGUGAAAAUGAGCAUGCAAAAUCUUCAUCUGAAAUCGCAAGUGCAGUAUUCGACACAUUGAUCAGCUUGGAUAUCCCAAGCGAUAAAACAAGAGUAAGACUGUGUGCUGACGGUUGCGGCGGUGAUAAUAAGAAUACAAUUUUAGUGGGCAUGUGCAUGAAAUGGUUGUAUUCAAACGCACCACCACACCACUUUGGUGAAGACUGGAGAACUAUUGAGAGUUUAGCUUACUAUAGGAACAUUGAAGUAAAUAAUGACAAUUCCGAAGAACGUGAAGAUCUAGUAUGCGUACCGCUUGAAGAUAGUGACAUUUGUGUUUGA